AUGUCGCCCGCCGCUGUGGCCGUCUCUGCACCAGGCAAGGUCCUCUUCGCAGGCGGGUUCCUGGUCCUCGACCGCCAGCACACGGGCCUCGUGUUCGGUCUCAAUGCCCGCAUCCACGUGGUCGUGCAGCCAUGGCAAGACGACGAUGUGCCUGACGCCUUGAGCGGGCCGCACGUCCUGGUCCAGUCGCCGCAGUUUGUCGAUGCCAAAUGGCUGUACCGAGUCGACUCCCCUGCUGGAGGGACAGCGGAUGGUGUGGUCACAGUCGACCAAGUUCGAGAUCAAGCAGAAUCAGGAUUCACCGCGAGCUCGAACAGAUUCGUCGAGACGACCUUGCGAUAUGCGUUGACCUAUCUCUCCCAUGUUUCUGGGUUACAGGACGUAUCGAAGAGCGUCAAGGUGACGAUAUUGGCCGACGAUGAUUACUAUUCACAAUCACAAUCACAAUCACCAGCUCAGCCUCGCAGCUCAUUCUCGUCCCAGUCAGCGCGGUUUACGACCUUUGGAGUCAAAUUGAGCGACGCGCACAAGACGGGACUGGGAUCUUCGGCGGCCUUGGUCACGGCGUUCGUCUCUGCACUUCUCUCAUUCUACAGAUCGAAGGAUGCUCCUAGCCACGAAUCACAGUUGAAUCACCAAGCCAUUCAUAAUCUGGCUCAGGCGGCACACUGUGCUGCUCAGGGGAAAGUCGGCUCUGGCUUUGAUGUUGCGGCGGCGGUCUACGGGUCGUGCCUCUACCGGAGAUUUACACCGUCAAUCCUCGAGAACGUGGGCGAACCGACCAGUGCUGGUUUCGGCGAACGACUCCACCGCUGCGUGGAUGAUCUGAAUCUGGACGCCAAAUGGGACGUCGAGAUCGCCAGCCAGGCAGUGCAGAUUCCCGAAAGCCUCUCACUGGUCAUGUGCGACGUGGACUGUGGAUCGGAGACACCGGGGAUGGUGAAGAAGGUCUUGCAAUGGCGCAAAGAAAACAUGGAGGAGGCGACGUUACUGUGGACCGCGAUACAACAAGGCCAAGAGGAACUGUGCCGAGAAUUGCGGCGGCUGGUCGGGGUCCAGGGUAUCGAGCAAGGGUUCACCGCAUUGGGGGACAUCAUUCUCACCAUUCGAAGUCUUGUGAGGGAAAUGUCGGUCAAAUCCAGAGUGCCCGUUGAGCCACCCGUGAUCACCGAGUUGCUGGAUUUCUGCACGAGCUUGCCCGGAGUGGUGGGAGGCGUUGCGCCGGGCGCAGGAGGGUACGAUGCCGUCUCGCUCCUGGUGCAGAACGACAGCGAAACCAUCAAAACCCUACAAGCCCGACUCGAAGGAUGGAAGAGUCAGGAUGCAAGUGGAGCGACCAUUGGCCAUGUCAGGUUGUUGGGCGUCAAGCAGGACAAUGAGGGUGUUCGAGUCGAGGACCCAGGGCGGUAUGAGGCGUGGCUGUAG